AGGACCGGAUGGCACUCUCGGCCAUCCUCCGCGCCGUGCCGUCGGAGAUGUUGUCAACUGUGGCGGUGAAGGGUACGGCGAAGGAGGCGUGGGAGUCAGUGAAAAUCAUGCGCAUUGGUGUUGCGCGUGUGCGGGAGGCAAAGGCGCAAACUUUGCGCAACGUGUUCAAGUUGAUCCGCAUGAAGGAAAGUGAGAGCGUGGAUGACUUCUCAAUGAGGCUGAACGGCAUCGGCAACAAUCUUCGCAUGCUUGGCGAACCUUUGGAGGAGAAGGUAACAGGACAUCUUUGGACUGUGGAGGAGAGGAAGAGGCCUAGUGACAACGAUGGUGAUGGUGAAGGUGGCCGCUCUCGUCACGGAGGAAGAGUGGGUGGCACGGAGGAGGAACCACAAGAAGAAUGGCACCUUUGACAAAGCAAAGGUCCGUUGUUACAACUGCCAGGAGUAUGGCCACUAUUCCUGGGAGAAGAAGUGCAAGAAGAACCAUGCGACGCAUCUCGCCAUCGCGGACGCCGACGACGAGCCCACGCUGCUUUGAAGCCCAACAAGGGGAUCUCAAAUAAAGCCAACAAAAUUAAGGGGGUGAUUGUUAGAAAUUAAUCUUGUUGUUUAUUAGUUUCAGCAUGUUUAUUUGUGUUGGGUCGCUGAAGAGCUAAUUAGAUGGAUGUGCUGCAUGGCUUAGUGACUAGAGUGAUUGGCAGUGAGUAGUGUGCCGAUCAUUGUGCCACAAGAUGAGAGAACAUAUUGCUAGAUAGUUAGCCAUGCAUGUACGUGCUGCACACCUCCAGAGUAGUAGGUGAUUAGUUUGCAUGCAUGUACUAAUUAUUGACUAAGUUGUGUGCACGUAUGUGUGCAUGCAUUAGUAGUUGAGUUAGUGGUUAGUUGCUAGUUAGUGGUUAGUUGCCUGGCAUGCUGGCCAGUAGCGUAGAUAGUGGAACACGAGGCUAGCUCGUGACUGCAUUGGUUGGUUAUAAAUACCCAUAUAAUUAUUUGCAGUUUAUGAAGUGAAAAAACAGAAAACGGCACACGCUGUUCCGGUGGCACAAAGUUCCUGUGUCGAGUGAUUUUUUUCUUGAUUAAUUUGAUUUGGUUCCUAACAUCGGCCACAACGCGAUGACGGCGAUGAUGACCACACUGCAACGGCGAGGGCGGAUGAUGGCCUGCGAAUGGUGUCGACGCGGUGGGCGAUUGCACGCGUGCGGCAAGUGGACGCGGAUGCGGCGCGGGCAGAGCAAUGGCGUGGAGGGAUGCUCGCGCGCGAGCGCGAGGCGCGGCCAGUGCGACGAGGCAGCGGGCGAGGUGAUGCGAUGCG